AUGAGUUUAUGGACUUCAAGAGAGCCCAAGUCGGGCAUACAGUCCGAAUACAUCGCCAUCCCCGGAGACGUCGAGGAAGGUGGGGACCUUGCGCUACGGGACGACGGCCCUAUUAUUCGACAAAAGCCCAGGACGAAACUGCCACGGAGCGUAUAUGCCAUAAUAUGCGGUUUAGUGGUGUACAGAGCGCUGGUCCUGGCCUUGAGCCUUGGUAACCAAGUUAACCGCCGUGUGCUCAGUGGACGCGACAACAAAGAGGACCCUUUUGCCAAUUGGGGCAAGCCAGGUACCGGCACUGACGGCUUAGCGUGGUAUCCUACCGAUUUUCUGCGAGAUGUGUUGCCCGUUCCGUGCCACUCUCACAACGACUAUUGGCGCAGGGUUCCGCUCUUCUCAGCGCUAUACGCGGGCUGCACCGGCGUUGAGGCGGACGUUUGGCUGCGCGACGGCGACCUUCUCGUCGGCCAUGACACGGCGUCGCUGACACGGAACCGCACGUUCCAGUCGCUCUAUGUCAAUCCUCUAGUCGAUAUCCUCACCAGGAUGAAUCCCAAGACGGAAUUCUACAACGGAAAUGGGAAUGGCGUGUUCGACACCAAUCCAUCGCAGACCCUGGUCCUCAUGAUCGACCUCAAGACUGCCGGGCCAGAAACAUGGCCGGUGGUCACGGAACAGCUUGAGCCGCUGCGCGAGAGGGGAUGGCUCAGCUACUCCGAGAACGGGCAAUUCCAUCAAGGCCCCAUCACCGUGGUCGGGACGGGCAACACGCCUUUCGACCAGAUAGUUGCAAACGGAACAUACCGGGAUGCCUUCUUCGAUGCGCCCCUGGACCGCCUUGAGAACUCGACCUACGACGCGACCAACUCGUAUUACGCCAGCACCUCUUUCAUGGAGGCCAUUGGGGGUGUUUGGUGGAAAGGGUCGCCGAGCGACGAGCAGCUGGCAAAGAUCAGGGCCCAUAUCAGCGAGGCGCACAGUCGGGGGCUGAAGGCGCGGUACUGGGAACUGCCUGGAUGGCCAAUUCACGUGAGGAAUAAUGUUUGGAAAGUUCUUGUCGACGAGGGGCUUGACAUGCUGAAUGUUGAUGAUUUGGAGGCGGCUACGAAGGAAGACUGGGCGAGGCCAGGAACCUUCUGA